CAUCACUCAAACUGCUGUGAAGUUCGUUGGAUUUUUAGAGGCACAUAAUGCACGGGUUCCUUCAAUAAGUUGGGUGUUAUUUGCUUCUGAUUUUUCAAAUCCUCAAGUUUUAUCCGCUAUUGGAGGCUCUGAUGGGAGUAUGAAGGGUUGCAGGGCUACAAUGGCAAGUUACUGAAAUCAUCAGAAUCAAAUCACACUCUAUUUUCUCUAUUGAAGGAGGUUCGUUGCUUUGAUAUUGAGAAACUGAGCCGAAUGCAUGAAGCAAGGAUUUUGAGGGCAGCUAUUGAAUACUUUCGGAUUGGUGGACGGCAAGUGGAUGUUCUGUCGAGAUUACCCUUUUCAUAUGGGGCUGAAGAGUAUUUCAAUUUGCCAAAGAAAGAAUUAACUAACUGGGGAUCCAAAAUCAUUUGCUUCCUUGGGCAAUAUCAUUGCCUUGAUAAGCCCCUGCUUCUUUGGGAUAUAAUUGCAGCAUUAUUGGCUUUCAAGGGAAACGAUUCAAUAUAUGUAGAACAGAUACUUAUUAAGUGGCUCUCAAUGUCCUUUCUGGGAUCUCGUAUGGACCUUCCUGCUGAAAAGGUUUUGUCAAAGGCCUCUUCAGAAUUAUCAGAUAUCUCUUCUCGCCCGCUUCACCUGCUCAACAUAGUCUGUAGGCGUGUGAUGUUAGCAGAAUUGGAUGCUGAUCAAAUAAAUAGAAUAGACAACAAACUUCUAAACUCAGGAGGGCCAGCUUUUUCCAAGGAAAAGCAAAUAACUAAGUGGGUGGAGAUUCUUCCUAGCAGUGAAAUGGAGCUCCGAGAAAGGUUAGUGGGUUUUAGUUUUUCUGCUUUCCUAACCAACCUGUCCUAUGCAGAAGCAACUUCUUCCCACCCCGUCCAUUGGUAUCUUUUUGGAAUGGCACUGACGAAACGAUGGGCGGAAUUACAUCAGGAUAAUGCGCGUGACCAAUUGGAAGUCCUUGUAUCAGAAGUUACAAAUGAGAAAAGGCUUCUGUCCAAUGAACAUUUGGCAGCGGAGCGUUGCAGUUUUUGCUCAGCAUCUGUUCCAUAUGAAUCUCCUGAAGUUGGUUUUUGCUCAGGCGAGGAUUACAGUGGUGGCAAAGGUCAGCGUCACAGGUUAUUGAGAUGUGGCACCAGUAUGCAGGUUUGCCCAGUUGCUCCACUAUGGCUUUGUAUUUGUUGCCGAAGGUCAGGUUUUAGACUGGCGCCAGAUGCACUCUUUAGAAAGUCUGCAUAUCCUUUAAUUUUAAAUCUUCCACCAACUCCUCUACCCUAGCAGUGUCCGCAAAACCCUUGUGUCCCUUUUGUGGGAUACUUUUACAGAGACAACAGCCUGACUUUCUACUUUCGCUGACUAAUGUGUCGCAAUGAUUAACAGCAUUGGCUAUAUAAUUUGUUGUAUUUUAGUGGCUAUCAUCCAUCAUGCUUGCUCUCGUCUUGGCGCUUUGAAGAUGAAUUGAACUGUGCACUACCAAUAUACACAAUCUCACAACCCACACACACACACA